GUGAGUUGCGACUUGGAAGCGAGUUAACAUAAUAUUUUGUGUGAUUGUAGUUUCUCAUCUAAAACCACAAAAUGGUUAAGAUCAGUGUGGAGAUGGUACGUAAAAAAGCGGAACAUCACGACUGCUUAUUAGCACCAUUAGAAGAGAUAGCACUGCAUCAAGAGAAUAUUGAAAAGAUAGAGUACAUUCAAGAUUGGUGCCCCAAACUUAAAAUAUUACUCAUGCAAAGUAAUCUAAUUUCUAAAAUAGAAAACCUGAACAAAUUAAAAAAUCUCACGUACUUGAAUUUGGCGCUCAAUAACAUUGAAGUUAUAGAAAAUUUGGAGAGGUGUGAAUCUUUGAAUAAGUUAGAUCUCACGUUAAACUUUAUUGGGGAAAUAAUAAGUGUGGAAUCGCUAGCUCAGAACUACAAUUUGCAAAGUCUAUAUCUAACAGGCAACCCUUGCACUGAUUAUGAUAAUUAUCGUUGUUUUGUUAUUGGCACCCUUCCUCAAUUAUCUUCACUCGAUGGAAAAGAUAUAAAAAUAUCUGAAAGAAUUACGUGCCUCCAGAACCUUCCAAUGAUAAGGUCAGAUGUACUAUUCGAGCAAGAGAAUUAUAAAUACCAACGCCAGUCACAAAAAACGCGACUAAAGAAAAAUAUACAAAGUAAGUGGGAAAAUGAGUACAAGGAUAUGGACCCCGAUGAAAGAAACAAAAAAUUUUGGGCAGAAAAGUGUGAACAUGCUCCAGAAGUGAGACAAGAAAUUGAACGCAUGCGACAGCUAAAGAUUAAAUCCGAACAAAAAGAGGAAGAAAAGGAACCUAAAAGACAGUACAAAUUAUUUAAUGACGACGGAAGGCCAUUCAAUAUUAAUCAGCCGAAGAUAGAUUUUCUUUUUAGUGAUGCGGAGCCAGAUAAAUUCAUUUUAGACUUAUAUUUAUAUAGAUACAUGGAUACGAGUUUAAUCGAUGUUGAUGUGCAACCCAACUACGUGAGGGUCCUGAUUAAAGGGAAGAUAUUUCAACUGCAUCUGCCUGAAGACGUAAACGUGUCAAAUUCAACUGCUACGAGAUCUCAAACUACCGGACACUUGGUUAUAACGAUGCAAAAGUCUAACUUCGUAUUAGAAAAAGCACCAAAUAAAUCACAAUCUGAACCUGAAUCAAGAAGCAUUAAUUCUAUAAAAUCUUGUGAAAGUCAAUCUAAUUCAAAACGUGAAUUUCUGGAGAUAGGGCCUCCAGUUAAUGUUCUUGAUUUUACUAAAAUGACUAAUUCUAACAUGACAAAGUAUAGCAAGCCCAAAUUGAAUAUUAAACCUAAGCCACCGUCAGAUGGUUUUGUUGAUAAUCCAGAGGUACCAGAUCUUAUAUGAGCAAAUAUUAAG